AUGCUCGACUCCGUCACGAAGUUGGCAAAUCGCACCGAGCACCGGCAACAGGACAACUACAAGGAGAUCAGGGCAAACCAGGAGCUGCUGCAGCAAGUGAUCGAGCAGCUUCAAGAAUAUGCGCACCAAAAUGAAACCCGACAAAGUACACAGGAAGCUGUUAUCACGCAUCUCCAGUCGGAGGUGGCUACCUUGCGGCAACAAGUGCACCUGCUAUCGGCCAACACGACCAGCACGGGGCAGCAAGCAGCAAGUCCUGCAGUCACGAUGCCAGCCGCAAGUUCUGCAACUCCUGUAGUCACGGGCAUGGACGAGAAUUCAGGUGCGGAGUGGGACGUCUUUGGGCGUAUGCCUCCCAACACGCCGGUCUACGAUAGAAAAGAGCUGGAGACACGACUAGCGACUUGCAUCCGACUACAUGAAGCUCCAAUUUACAGCGGUGAAACAAGUGAGGAUAUUGAAGUC